CUGGUGUUGCCAUGUGUUUACCGGGGAGUGAAAUUAAUGGGGAUUCUCUAAGGAUUCUUCUAAGGAUUCUCUAAGGACGCUGAUGCUAGAUAUAAGAGUCACCAAACAUGAAUGACACGGAAGGAGAAUCGACAAUAUUUGAUAAAAACGCGAUGUUGGCUGAUACACCAGAGGGGAGUGAAACGAGUGAAGAUCCACAGAAGAUGGAAGAUGGGGACUACGGAGGAGGAUCGCAGGUGUUGUGUUCGAAGAGAAUGCUUAGCACAGAGGACCCUGACUAUGCCCGACCUCCAGAUGCAAAGCGGAUGAGAGAGAUGGAGAAGAAAGCACAAGAUGAACUCAGUGGACGAGUGAUAAAAGUAGUCGAUAGAGAAUUCACCUAUUCAAUAAAUGAAAAACAGAAUGAAUUGGAAGAAAUAGACAAUCGCAUCUUACGGCUUCAACAGUGCCUACACACUUUACGAUAUUGUGUUUCACUCAAUUAUUUUGCUGUAAACAAGAAUGCUGAAGCAAUCAGUACACCAAAGAAUCUGGAGAUUCAUCCAUCAGUAAGGAGACAUCUUGGGAAGACACCGAGAAGUCAUUCUUCACAAGAAGCCAACGGCGGUUUUCUCUCUAAAAGUUUCUCUGCUGGUCAGAGUGCAUCGGAAGAGGGAUCCGCAGAUUUCGGCCAAUCGAGAACUAUCGCAGACGGUGUGAAAAAGGAGCCUAAUGUAGAAUCUAAGGAAAGAUGUCAAGAUCAUCUAAUGGUCAGAGUCAAGACUGAGGUUCAUGCAGAUUCCAAGCCCCAGGUGCAGGAGGAAGGCAGAAGUGAAUCAGUGAAGAAUGAAGACUCUGUAUCUUCUCGACCUCCCAGUCCUAAAUACUUACCUCCAAAGCCUCCAGAUAAUCCUCAAACCAUUGCACAGGGUCGUCACCAGCGAUUUCAGGCUAAGAAAAGGGUUGUUGUGGGAAAUACAUACCAGUAUUUACCGCCUCAUGCAAGUAAUGAAGCUGGAGAUGCACUUCGGUACAAGUGGCAGGUGUAUGUACGUGCACCAACACAGGCUGAUGAUGUUUCAUCGUUUAUUUCUGCUGUAACGUUCAUUCUUGAUCAGAGUUAUGCUCCACACCAUAUUAUUACACUAAAGCAUCCUCCUUUUGUUUUAAGUCGCAGGGGAUGGGGUGAAUUCAAGAUCCAAAUUGUGUUGAAGUUUGCAGACAGCCGUAACAAGCAAGUGAAGCUCCUCCACCCCCUUACACUCAGCCAGGCUGAUGAUCCCCUUGCUCUCACUGGGUUGUGGCGACUUGGUCAGGAGAAUUGGUAUGAUAUCUGGGUCUAUGACCAAGAUAAGAAUGCUGUUCAAACAAAGAUGGAACCUUCACUUGGUGCAUCAGAAGAAGAAGAGAAUUGUCCUGCAAGUCUUGAAAAGGAACUUGCAGUGGGUGUUGUAUCACAUAAAGUUGAAGAAAAUAUUACUGUUAUGCAUAGUACUAAAACUGGUUCAGAUGCAAAAACUGAAGAUAUGCUACAAGAAACUGUUGAUAAGACAGAGGGACUGAAUAAGGUUACAUGCACAUCAAGUGCAUCUGGCAAAAAUAUCUUAUCCCAUGAGUCAGUUGCAGAAAUUGCAGAUCAUGAUAAAAAGCCACAAACAAGUAGUGCAAUGCAUUUACCAAGAAAAUCAGAAAUAGUUGAACCGCAAAGUAAGGAAUGUGCAUCAGUUGCAAAAGGUAGUAAUGUCAAUGGUGCUCAGGGUAAAGUGUGCAAGAUUCAUGUACGUCAGCCUGAUGGACGUUUGGUGCCUUACUUCAUUCCUGCUCAUAUGUAUUCACUAGCUUUAAAGAUAGCACAAACUGGUAACAAAAUACAAGGAAACCAAGAAGGUAGUGUGGAUAACAAGCAAGUUAGUUCCGUAGAAAAAACUGGACUGCAACAAGAGCCAAAAGGGUCACAGCAACCAGCAAGCUCAAAUCCUGAAAGUGAAGAUUUGGUUAAAGUGCAAAAAGAAUCAAAAGAUAUCAUUACUCAGCAGAAGAAAUCUGUUGAAGGUGAACCAAAAUGUGAGAAUGGACAGGAGAGUUCUAAAGGUUCAGGUGUUCCUGUUAAAAUCUUCAAUAUCUCACCAAAUAAAGGAUCAGUCAAACCUAGUCAAGUGGUGAUGGGCCAGUUACCAUCUGGUGGUAGCCAGAGUAUUCCUAAACUUACUCUGACAACACAGGGUAAGCAGACUGUUGCCCGAGUGUCUGCUGGCAGUCUUUCACAAAAUGCAUUACAGCAACUUCUUGUAAAAGCUGGACUUAAGGACAAGAAGCCUGCAUUAGUGAAAAAAUUGUUGAGUAAAACAAAUGAUGUAAAUGGUGAACUAGUGCAAUCAGUACAACCUCCAGAGGGUCAAUUGUUAUCAGAUCAGUCAUCAUUAAUUAAAAAGCCAAAUUUGCAAUUCAUGCCAGUCAAGAUUGUUCAGGAUAAACAGCCUGGAGGGUCUUCAACAGCAAAGAUUGUAAAGAAAGCAAUAUCUACAGCUAAUAUAAGAUUUGUAACCAAUAAUGGACAGCUAAUAUCAGCAGGGCAGCUUGCAAAGAGUAUAACCUUACCUGUUGCAAGUAAACCUAGUACUGUGACACAAGAAUUACCCACUAGCAAAUGUAUUCUUGCAACAUCCAGUACCAGUACAACAGCAGCUAUUAAAGAUGGAGCAAGUGUUGUUGUGAUGCCAAGUGGACGCAUCUUGACUGGUUCAGGAGGUCUACAAUUAGUUACUAGCCAGGGAAAGAAUACAGUCACACAGCACCCUCCACUUGUUGUUUGUAGCUCAGCUCAGAGUGGAAAAACACUUCAAUUACCACCACUCAUAGUAAGAAGUGCUGGAAACAAUAGAACCUUAUGUACAUUGUCAAAUACUUCUUCAACAGGAAGUACAGUAAAAAAUAUAGCAGUAACAGGUGUGUCACUGCUUCGUGGUAAUAUUGUUACAUCUGUAACGCCUGCAACUGUUCGAACUUUGCUAAAGCCAUUGUGUAUCACAACCACCGCAGGGGUUACAGCUACUACUCCAGUUUUCACCAAUGUCUCAACGAAGGUCACAAGUAUUCCCACAACUCUAAAAAGUUCUUCAGCAAAAACUUCAGGGAGUGAUACAGGAAAAAUAAUAAGUCCUCCUGUUGUAGGCAUACCAGAUAAAGUUGCAGAAAACUCAAGUGAAGACCAAGAAGUCAAUGCAACAAAGAAAUGGGAAGAUCAGAUAAGACAAUUAAAGGCCACUUGUCAAGCCUGCAGAUCUCUAGAUGCAUGUAUAAAUCUAUGGGUAAGAGCCAUACCCCUUGUGGCCCCCCCAAACAAGUGGAGAAGUAAAUGCAUUUUGCCAUUCUGUGCAGGAUCCGUAGAAGAGUUCAAGCUUUGGCCACUUGGAAAGCAGAGAGCAGCAGAGUUUCAGAGGGCUAGGGAAGUUCGAAGGUAUAUAAGUGAGUGUGGUUUAGAAGGCAGCAAUUGGUGGACCACAAACAGAAUAGUUGCAUGGGCAAGGUGUCAGGCAUAUACUCCAGUAGAACCUCGACCUCUACUUCAAACAGAUAAACUUUUUUUACCAUCAGAACAGCAGGUCUUUAGCACAAUUACAGACAUUGGAAAUCUAGAGGAACGAGAAGGAAGUAACAGCGAGCAACAGUUUGGAUGUUCUGCACACCAAGAUAUUGAUGUAGUCUCAUUAACUGAGGAGGAGGAAGAGCUCAGAUCUCCUCAUAAGUCUUCAGCUUCUCCACGGAAGGAGCAGUCAGUCUUCAUGGCCUGGGAGGAUCAAGAAACAGUAGAUGGAUGCGAAUGGGUUGGACAUUUAGCUUCACAGUUAAGAAUUAAUCAGACUUCAGAAGAGGUCUUACCUGGAUAUAGAGCAGAUGUUGCACGUGCAACUAUGUGGAAGGCAAUGUUAAACUUAAUGGAGGAUCUACUGCGGUCUUCCCACAGUGAGGCCUGGGGAGAUAGUUCAGAGGAGACCUCUGAUAGUCCACCUCUUGUUCCUCCAAAGGAAAUUACACACAAUCAUGUCUUAAAAGCCUUAACUAGAAAACGUCAGGAGUUCCAGUUGUUCACUAAUUAUGGACUUGGUAGCCUUUCAUAAUUAUCAGAUGCAAUAUAGUGUUUUUCAUGUUUAAAGAUCUGAUCUAUUCUGAUAUCAUGAAAUAUUUAAAAAAGCUACUAUAGUUCUACAUGUAACACAGAUAAAACAAAAAGAUAAGGCAGUUUUAUUUUGAUUACUUAUUGUAGAUAAAAAAAAAACUUGGAAGGACCCACAGUUAAAAAUGAUAAUCAGUAUAUUAUUGUUUAAUACUGUACUGAAACCAGGAGGAUCUCUUUUGUUGUAUUGUUGGCAAGUUCCUCACAUUCGAUUCAGUCCAUGAAGAUCACAUGGUUAAUAAUCAUAUAAUGAGGAAUGCUAAAUGAGGAAUCAAAACUGAUUCAAUCAUUUGUAUUUUCCUUUAAUAUAUGAGUAAUGUUGUUCAUGUACUUGUAAAAUUGUUUGUUGACUCAUCUGUAAUACAUAAAAUUCCAUAACUAUCUGUGAUAUUCUAGAUAUGAUUUAUAAGUUUCAUUGUUAAAAAUCCUUAUAAGAAUAAAAGACUCAGGGUA